UUGGUUUACGGAUGCUGAGGAGGCUCGCUGGUACUCGCGCUGCUGCUUCCUACGGACACUGCUGCUUUAGGUCGCUUCGAACUGUUGUUUUAGCCCAGCGCACCGUUCCGACUUAAGAAACAGAGAUGGCUCAGUGCUCCGAAGCUACUAAGGCGGGCUCGUCGGUAAACGGAGACGGUGUAAAGAAGAGGAACGUGGCUGUCAUCACCGGCAUCACCGGCCAGGAUGGCUCCUACCUGGCUGAGUUCCUGCUUGCAAAAGGCUACGAGGUUCAUGGUAUUUUGCGCCGUUCCAGUUCCUUCAACACAGGUCGCAUCGAACACCUUUACCAAAACCCACAGACGCAUACGGAGGGCAACAUGAAGCUGCAUUACGGCGACCUGACUGACAGCACCUGUCUGGUGAAGAUCAUCAACGAGGUGAAGCCCACAGAGAUCUACAACCUCGGGGCUCAGAGCCACGUCAAGAUCUCUUUUGACUUGGCCGAGUACACCGCUAACGUGGACGGUGUGGGGACGCUGCGUCUCCUGGAUGCCAUCAAGACAUGUGGUCUGACCAGCAGUGUCAAGUUCUACCAGGCCUCCACCAGCGAGCUGUACGGCAAAGUCCAGGAGAUCCCACAGAAGGAAACCACGCCUUUUUACCCCCGCUCACCUUACGGAGCUGCUAAACUCUAUGCCUACUGGAUUGUGGUAAACUUCCGCGAGGCCUACAACAUGUUCGCCGUCAACGGGAUCCUCUUCAACCAUGAGAGUCCAAGGAGAGGUGCGAACUUUGUGACGCGUAAGAUCAGCCGUUCUGUGGCAAAGAUUCACCUGGGCCAACUGGAGAGCUUCAGCCUAGGCAACCUGGACUCCAAGAGAGACUGGGGCCAUGCCAAGGACUAUGUGGAGGCUAUGUGGCUGAUGCUGCAGUCGGAUGAGCCAGAGGAUUUUGUCAUCGCUACAGGGGAGGUGCACAGUGUGAGGGAGUUUGUGGAGAGGGCCUUCAAACAUGUGGGAAAGACCAUUGUGUGGGAGGGGAAGGAUGAAAAUGAGAUCGGCCGUUGCAAAGACACCGGGGUGGUACAUGUGAGGGUGGACCCAAAAUUCUUCCGCCCCACUGAAGUGGACUUCCUGCAAGGCGACAGCACCAAGGCGUAUGAGAAGCUGGGCUGGAAGCCCCAGGUUACUUUUGAGGAUCUGGUGAAGGAGAUGCUGGACUCUGACAUCGAACUCAUGAAGAAAAAUCCAAACGCUUGAAGCCAGAUGGGCUCGUUCGGAUGUGAUGGAGAUACUUUAGCACUCCGAGGUUCUGCCACUGAGUCAGACAGCAGCAGAGUCUUCUUUUUUUUUUUUUAUAUAUCUCUUCUUCCACAAAUGAAGCUUGUUGUCGUUUCCUUGUUUCCUAACCUAGAGCCAGAUGUUGCCUUUCUGUCUUUUUGUUUUUGGUUUACCGUGCCGGGUUGAUUUAUGACGUUUAUUUUAUCAUUUACAUGCAAACUUUGAUCAUGUGAGGGUUUUAUAUUGAAGGCAAAUUUUAAGGAUUUAUUUAUGUUUUUGAUUCACUUGUGAUUUUAAUAAUUUAACGGAUCAGUUUUAGCUCCUUUUUAUAAAAAAAAAAAAAAAGAACCGAUGAACCGAUAAGAAUGAAUCAAGAUUAUUUUAUCUCAUAUGUUAAUGAGACAUUUGUUUUCAUGGGAUCUGUACUUUUAAGGUGUUUUUUUUUUUUUUUUUACUUUAUGAAGAUGAUAAAGGGCUAUGAGGGGGGUAAUAAAAUAUAUAGGAAUUGA